AAACGAAUAGUAUAGAUAAAUCGCAUUCCCUCCCUUUUCUCACACUCUCCCCUCUCCUCCGCCAUUACUGCCAAAACGCCACUCUUCUCUUUCUUUGAUGCGCUCCCUCUUUUCUUCUUCUCCCUCUCCAAUCACAACUCUCUUUCAACUUGUCCGAUCCCACCGCCGAUUCUUCUCGUCGACAAAUCCAAUGGCGAUUCCUCCAAAGUCCUCCUCUGCCGCCGUUAUCCCCACAGAGGACCGGCUAGCGACUAGGUUAUGGUUCAAGUUUCGCAAAGAAUCCAUGCUUUCUCUUUACUCACCUUUCUCUCUUUGUUUGGCUUCUGGGUCUCUCAAGAUCGACACUUUUCGUCAUUAUAUUGCGCAAGAUGUACACUUUCUCAAAGCCUUUGCUCGUGCAUAUGAAUUGUCAGCAGACUGUGCUGAUGACGAUGAUGCAAAAUUAGCUAUCUCUGAGUUAAGGAAGGGUGCCUUGGAGGAGCUAAAAAUGCACAAUUCUUUUGUACAGGAAUGGGGUUCUGACUGUGUUAAAGAGUGCCCUGUCAAUUCUGCAACUUUGAAGUAUACCGAAUUCUUGCUGGCAACAGCUUCUGGGAAAGUUGAAGGACUAAAAGCUCCAGGAACACUUGCCACUCCGUUUGAGAAAACAAAAAUUGCAGCUUACACUCUAGGGGCCAUGACACCUUGCAUGAGGCUGUAUGCAUUUUUGGGCAAGGAGUUUCAGGCACUUCUAGAAUCCAAUGAGCACGAUCACCCAUACAAGAAGUGGAUUGAGAAUUAUUCUUCUGAAAACUUUCAGGCAUCAGCUCUGCAAACAGAAGACUUGCUGGAUAAACUUAGUGUCCCUUUGACAGGCGAGGAACUAAACAUCAUUGAGAAACUUUAUCACCAAGCAAUGAAACUUGAAAUAGAGUUCUUCUAUAGUCAACCGCUUACUCAGCCUACUAUUGCUCCUUUGACUAAGGAACAUGCUCCCGAACUAGAUCGUCUUAUGAUUUUUUCUGAUUUUGAUCUUACUUGCACGGUUGUUGAUUCAUCUGCCAUUUUGGCAGAGAUAGCAAUAGUAACGGCCCCAAAAUCUGAUCAGAACCAACCAGCAGGUCAAAUUACUAGGAUGUCAUCUGCUGAGCUGAGGAACACCUGGGGUCAACUUUCUACACAAUACACAGAAGAGUAUGAACAAUGCAUAGAAAGUAUAUUGCCUUCUGAGAAAGUGGAGUUCAAUUAUGAAACUUUGCAUAAAGCACUUGAGCAACUCUCCGACUUUGAGAAAAGAGCAAAUUCUAGGGUGGUUGAGUCAGGGGUGCUUAAGGGUCUAAACCUUGAAGACAUUAAACGAGCUGGCGAAAGACUGAUUCUUCAAGAUGGUUGUGUUAACUUCUUUCAAAAAAUCACACAGAACAAAAAUCUUAAUGCCAAUGUCCAUGUUCUUUCCUAUUGUUGGUGCGGUGAUCUCAUCCGGACAGCGUUUUCUUCAGGGGGUUUAGAUGUUCCGAAUAUACAUGCAAAUGAGUUCAGUUUUGCAGAAUCAGUAUCCACAGGUGAAAUCGUUUGGAAAGUUCAGUCCCCUAUCGACAAAAUUCAAGCUUUCGAUGAUAUCUUACAAGACUGCAGCAAUGACAGAAAAGACCUGAGUGUUUACGUCGGAGACUCGGUGGGUGAUCUACUGUGUCUGGUAAAAGCAGAUAUAGGCAUUGUGGUCGGGUCUAGUUCAAGCCUAAGGAGAGUGGGGAGUCAGUACGGUGUUUCAUUUGUCCCAUUGUUCCCAGGCUUGGUUAAGAAGCAGAAGGAAUUUGCUCAAGGAAGAAGCCCUCGUAUUUGGAAGGGCCAAUCUGGAAUUCUUUACACUGCUUCUAGCUGGGAAGAUAUCCAUGCCUUCAUUUUGGGGUUGUAGAAUUUAUUAUUAUUAUUAUUAAGGCAAAUGAAUGAAUUGUUUUAUUUAUGGAGUUAGGGGUUGCUAUCCGAAAUA